AUGAGGCAGCAGCGACAGUGCCAAGUCGAGCGGGUGACCGACCAGCUCGAGACUCCCUCCGUUGACAAUCGUGGCUAUCGCGUCAUCCGCCUGCCGAACCAGCUCGAGGCCCUCCUUGUCCACGAUGCUGACACAGACAAGGCCUCCGCGGCCCUUGACGUCAAUGUCGGAUCUUUCAGCGACGAGAGCGACAUGCCUGGAAUGGCCCACGCUGUAGAGCAUUUCGUCUUGAUGGGCACAAAAAAAUCUCCUGAGAAUGAGUACAACGAAUACCUGUCCUUACACUCCGGAAGCUCAAAUGCGCAGACCCACGCCUGCUCGACCAACUACUACUUUGAUGUCGCCGCGAAGCCCAGCAACAAUAAAAAACCUACCAGGUCGAACCCGUCGCCUCUGUUCGGCGCUUUGGACCGCUUCGCCCAAUUUUUCAUCGCGCCGCUGUUCGAACCAACAACACUGGACAGAGAGCUUCGCGUGAUGGAUUCGGAGGACAAGGGUUAUAAACAAAGGGACGACUGCCGGUUAUCUCAGCUCCACAAGUCCCUGUCCAAUCCAAAUCAUCCAUAUUCCUAUUUGCCGACAGGAAACCUCGAGACGCUCAAGAUACUGCCAGAGAGCAAGGGAGUUGACGUCCGCGCCAAACUCAUGAAGUUUCAUGAGACGCACUACUCGGCCAAUCGGAUGAUGCUUUGCGUGCUGGGCAGAGAACCCCUCGACGUGCUGGAGAAGUGGGUAGCGGAACUGUUUGCGGAGGUUCCGAACAAGGAUCUGCCAAAGAAAGCGUGGGAGGCCGAGUUGCCAUGGACUCAAGACCGGCUGUGCAAGCAGGUUUACGCCAAGCCUAUAAUGAACAUAUACGGACUGCAACUGUGCUUUCCUUUCCUGGACGAGGAGGCACUGUUCGAGAGUCAACCAGGUCGCUAUAUCAGUUACUUGGUCGGUCACUUAGGUCCAGGAAGCAUUAUGUCCUACAUCAAAGUGAAGGGCUGGGCGAACACACUGGCUGCAGGCACCCACCAGAUCUGUCCAGGGACGCGUGGUCAGUUUUUCUUUUAUGUCGAACUAACGGAGAAGGGUUUGGUGCACCACAAAGAAAUCGUCCGGGUGUUCUUCCAGUAUGUGGCGAUUCUGCGCGAGGGGCCGCCUGACGAGCGGAUCUUCAACGAGCUAAAGGAAAUGGCCGAUCGGGGCUUCAAGUUCAUGCCAAAAACUUCGGCAAGCGAAUUCACAUCAAAAAUAUCUGCCGUCAUGCAGAAGCCAAUUCCGCGAGAGUGGUUAUUGAGUGGUCAGUACCGUCUCAGGAAGUUUGACGACAAGCUCAUCAAGCAGGGAUUAGACUUGCUACGCCCGGACAACUUCUUCAUGACCCUCGCGUCGAGUGAGUUCCCGGGAGAUUGGGACAAGAAGGAGAAGUGGUACGGAACCAAGUACAAGAUCGAGGAUAUUCCAGAGGAUUUCAUCUUCGAGCUUACUCGAAUUGCGAACGGAAAUGCGAAGGACCGGCUCGCGACCUUGCACCUACCGGGCAAGAACCAGUACAUGCCCACAGCAUUGGAGGCGGAAAAGCAAGAGGUCAAGCAGUUAGCCAUUCUGCUCCAAUUGCUCAGAAAGUGUACAAUCCCGCGAAAGCUGUACAUGAAGGACGAUACGUUUUGGGGACCUAAGGCCAACGUCAAGGUUAGCCUCAGCACUCCACUCGUUCUCGCCUCGGCUGGGAAUUUCGUCAAGGCGAGACUCUUUACAGGUCUCGUGACAGACGCUGUUGAAGACUACGCGUAUGGUGCCGGUCCUGCCGGCUUGUCGUACGUUGUAAGCGUUGAUAGUCGCGGUAUGUUUGUCGAGGUCUCCGGUUACAAAGACAAGCUUCCUGUGCUUCUGGAAAAAAUCUUGGUCACAAUGCGGGACCUCGAGAUCCGCGACGACCGCUUCGAGAUUGCGCGGGAACGCGCCAAUCGAAGCCUUCAAGAUUCCGAGCUCCUGCAGCCCUACAAGCAGGUUAAACUUUACGUGGGAUGUCUCACUUUGCAGCACUUAUACGGUGUGGAGGAGCUCGUGCAGGCAGCCUCAAAUGUCACUGCUGACGGAGUUCGCCGCUUUCAUACGGAGGUCAUGUCGCAGCUGCACAUCAAGACAUUGGUGCGCGGCAAUCUCACCAAGCAGGAUGCACGCGAGCUGACGGAGAUGACUGAGUUAACCUUGAAGUCGAGUGUUCUGCCCAAGGAAGAAUGGCCCAUCGCGCGCUCCCGUAUCAUUCCACCUGGAUCCAACUUUGUGUUCUCGAAGACAUUGAAAAACCCGGAGAGUGUUCACCACUGUAUCGGCUGUUUCCUCCAGAUCGACCCAAAAGGCGAUCCGGGUACCCGCGCCAAGACGCAGCUGCUCGGCCAGAUACUACACGAGCCAGCGCUCCAGCAGCUGAAGACAAGGGAGCAGCUCGGUUACACCAUUCUCGCUGAUGUGUGCACGGUUGGCUCAAUGUAUGGUUACGGUAUUACCAUCGAGAGCGCAGAGAAGCCAGAAUACCUCUCGGCACAAGUCGACCUCUUCCUGGCUGCGCAGGGCACUGCCCUGGAAGAGAUGAGCGAGGCCGACUUUGAGAGCCACAAGCGGAGUAUUGCCAAUGCAUGUCGUGACGGGUUUGGGAAGCUGGAUGGAGAUUCUUCAUCGAUCAUAACACUAAUUCAGUGCAAAAUAGCGCACGAUGAUGAAGCUACAGUGUCACGGCUCACCAAGGACGACAUGAUUGGCUUCUACAGCAAAUUCAUUGCUCCUAAAUCACCAGAGCGUGCCAAGCUUGCAAUCCAUCUGAUAGCUCAAGGGUCCAGCGGUGAUACUACACCGGGCCAUGUUCCAGUUGAGCGAGAGGAGGUUCUUGCGCCUUCGCAUAGGAAAGAACUUGUUUACAUUACUAGCAUUCAGGAUUUCACAGCUGGUCUCGAGGUCAGGGCUAAUGACCGCCCGACUCAACAGCUCAGCGACUUUGAGGGCAGGGGCAAGAAGCUGUGGUUGGAUUUCAUUAGGACUGUUAAAAUGUGUUUUCACAGGAGAUAG